AUGGCUGCGUCUCAUGCUCCAAUCUCUGCAAAUGCCUGCUGCAGGUUUCAGGACUUGGCAAACAUGCAGGUCCUGAAUGUUGCGCUGGGGUACUGCAAUGGAGCUUCCCUGACGUCGCUGCGUCAGGCGAGUGCAGGCUUGGCCGAGGCACUUCCUUCUUCGUCGCUUUUGUGGCAGGACCUCUUAAAGGGAAGUUCGGUGGUGCUACAGGGCAAAGCGCCUUCCAUGCUCAAGGCUCAGCGCUUGGGUAUCCUGUCAGACAGAUGCCGUGUUCGUGACGGUGGCAUGGAGGCGGAUGCGCCAAGCGCGACAGCAAUCAGCAAGCAAAGCCGAUACCGCCUUAUCGUCACUGGGGCGCGCGCGAGUGGGAUCUCGACUCUGGUCAGGCUGCUUGCGCACCGAAACCACGAGCAAACGGAUGCGGGCAAGGACAUGUCGGUGUACAGCUUCGCAGCCGAGCUUGAAGACGUGCUGCUGCCUGUGUCAGUGGUGGACAAACGAAGCACGGUGAGAGGUACCCCCCUGUCAGCAGCCCUGUACAGCGGCCACACAGCUGCACUCUUCGUUUUCGACGCGGGCCGGAUGGAGGACUCCCUUCCCAAAGCCGCAUGGUGCAUCGAGGAGCUUCGGCAGACAGUCGGCCCAAAGAAGUUUCGGCUGAUGCCAAAGUUGUUGGUUUGCCACAAGGCUGACCUGCUCAUGGCUUCAGAAGGGCCCAUGGAUGCCGAUGCUCGUGCCGCAUGCCUUCCGGCCAUGUGCCAAGCACUGCAGGCGACCUAUGGCAUGGACUUGGUCUUCACUUCGAAGGACGACCCACCAUCAGCGGAGCUUGCUUUUGCCCUAGCUGCAGAAAGGAAAUCCGCUGGCCCACAGCUGGAUGUGCCGUUGGGCACGUCCAAGGAACAGCUUGGCACGCUUUUGAACCAGCUGCUCGAGAAUGCUGAAGAAAUGCCUUACAGCUUCCACCUAGAAGAAUCAGAGAUCACGACGAACCUUGCGGCCUCCUUCAACAAGCUGGCAAAGGGCCAGCAGUCCACCGAGAGAGUGUUGAAGGUCGUGUAUUACCCUUUGGCAGUCUUUCGCGUGCGGCCCAUCACCCGCUGCACGUCAUCGCUCAGCGGGCACAUUGAGGCGGUGCUUUGCGUAUCCUUCUCUCCGGACUCCACGAAGUUGGCCAGUGGCUCUGGCGAUUCCACCGUGAGGCUCUGGGAUCUCAACACAGAGCUGCCCAAGCACACCUGCAAGGGUCAUCAAAACUGGGUGCUCGUCGUUGCGUGGUCGCCUGAUGGCUCCAAGCUCGCAUCGGCAGGCAUGGACAAGAUCGUUCUCGUUUGGUGCGCGAAGUCCGGGAAGAACCUGGCAGCCUUGAAGGGCCACCAACAACCGGUCACUGCCGCUUGCUGGCAGCCGUUGCAUGUUGCCGAGAGCUUCCCUUGGCUUGCGACGAGCUCCAAGGAUACCACCGUCCGCCUGUGGGACGUGAGCGUGGGUGUGUGCCUUCGAAGUCUGACUUCCCACUCCCAGCCUGUCAUGCAGGUGAAGUGGUCUGGCGAGCGUGCUGACAUUGGUGGCGUUGUGUACACAGCCGGCCGGGACACUGUAAUCAAGGUCUGGAAUCCCAAGGAUGGAGGCAUGCUGAAUGAGCUGAAGGGCCAUGGACACUGGAUCAACACACUCGCGCUGAACACGGACUAUGUCAUCCGGUCUGGUCCCUUUUCACACGAGCCGCAGAAGCUCGCGGAUUUGUCCGAGAAGAAGGAGGCGGCAAAGAAGCGCUACGCGGAAGCUGUGGAGCUGUGUGGUGGCGAGCGUUUGCUGUCGGGCUCCGAUGACUUCACGCUUUUCUUGUGGCGGCCGCUCGUCUCCAAGACCCCAGUGUGCCGGAUGACAGGGCACCAGAAGAUUGUGAACCAGGUGGCUUUCUCCCCAGAUGGUCGAUGGUUUGCAUCCGCGUCCUUUGACAAGUCUGUGAGACUUUGGGACGGCCGGACCGGCAAGUACGUUCACGCCUUCCGUGGCCAUGUAGGUGAUGUCUACCAGCUGGCAUGGUCUGGCGACAGUCGACUGCUUGUCAGCGUGUCCAAAGAUUCGACGGCAAAGUGUUGGGAUAUCGGACGGCGCAAACUGCAGGAGGAUUUGCCAGGACACGCAGACGAGGUCUACGCCGUGGACUGGAGCUUGGACGGCGCGCGGGUUGCGACAGGCGGUAAAGACCGAGUUCUGAAGAUCUGGCGCCACUAG